CACUUAGAUGUGUCUUGGACGUAGAAAGGAUUUGAAGCUGCGACAGGAUAGAUCAAUGAAUUCUUCGAAAAACAGUUUCAGUUUGUAAGUGACUAUAUCUGCUAAAAAAAUCUAAUGAAUAUUGAUUGUGAUCAGGGAAUACUGGUAACUGAAUCCAGUUGAAAUAAUUUUUAUAAGAAUGUGAUGCUAAUCUGCAGGAGCUGAUUUUCAGGAUCAGAAAUAAUUUUUAGUUAGCUCCAAGUUGUGGUGACAUUAGCUUGCUGAAAAAUUGUUGGUUUCAAAAUUUCCACAAAUACCAGAUAUCUCGGAAUAAACUAUGGAAGGUGCUCCAGAUAACUACAAAGUAUAUCCAGAGACAAAUCCGUCCGCGAAAUCCAAUAAAAAACACACGAUCCUUUAUAAACUCCGAACCCACUUCAAAUCCUAUUGCAAUCAUACUAGCAUUCAUGGAUUCCAAUAUUUUGGACAGAAUAGAACAAUUUUUGAGAAGUGUUGGUGGAUUUUCAUCUUUAUCUGCAUCAUAAGCGGCUGUGGCUAUGGGAUUUACCUCAUAUACAAUAAAUGGCAGCAGAGCCCAGUGAUUGUGUCUCUAACCACUAGAGACACCCCGAUAUACCAAGUACCCUUUCCUGCCGUCACAAUAUGUCCUACGAUAAGAUUCUUCAAAAAAUGUAUGAAUUAUGGUGUUCUCUUCAAGAAUGUAACUGAAGGAAAUUUGAACAAACAUAACAUAAGCAGCUGGACCAAAAACGAAAAAAAUUUGUUGCAUUAUAUGAUCCCCCUAUGCAAGAGAAAUGAUGCUUUACAUGAACUAAUAGAUGAACCAACCAGUUCAGAUGAAAUAUAUGAGGCGAUAAGAAAUUGUUCCCCCUUCGUAUCAGGAGAAGGAGUUACUGUUCAUUUCAUGAAUGAAAUUCUUACUUUCAAUAGCUCAUUCAAUCAACUCUUCACUGAAGAUGGCCUCUGCUUUUCAUUCAACAUGUUAUCUACCGAGAAUAUAUUCAAGAAUACAACGAAUUUCAAAAGGGGUAGUAGCAGUAGUUCUGGACCUAAGUCGUUUUGGAUUCCGCAGCAAGGCUAUUCUAUUGAUGCAGAUUUGGAUACAUUCCCUAGAAGAGCUUUGCUAUCAGGAGCAGCUAAUUCGUUAGAAAUCAAAUUGAGACAUAGAAAGGAAGAUAUUGACUAUGUAUGUACUGGGGCUGAACAAGGAUAUAAGGUCAUCCUCCACUUACCCACAAGGGUGCCUAGACCAACUUUGGAAUACAACAUGGCACCCUUCGGCAAAUCAACCACUAUAAGAGUGGAUCCCCAUAUGAUGUCAACAUCUACAGUAGUGAAAUCAUAUGAUCCCAAGAAACGAGACUGCUAUUUCUCGGAAGAAAAAUACUUGCAAUACUUCAACAUUUACUCCAAGACAAACUGCGACUUUGAAUGCAUCACAAAUUACACUUUGAAGGAAUGCGGCUGUGUGCCUUUCCAUAUGCCUAGGGAAAUUUCGACUCCUUUAUGUGGAAUAGGAAUGAGAGGAUGUGUCAUUUUUGCUGCAGAGAAAUACAAUUUGAUGAAACUGAAAUCAAAAUUGAAAGAGUCAAAAAGGGCAGAUUCUUCCACGAGAAUGUUUUCAACAUUCACAGAAGUGGCUUUUGAUAACAACACAGAUGCUAACGAAACCGAAAACGUUGGAUCUAGGAAGAAGAGGCAAGUGGAACCGCUUCUUGAGGAUGCAGAUGAGGAUGAAGCUAGAUGUUCCUGCAUGAGGUCUUGCAGUGAUAUCACAUAUAAAGGAAGUGCUAGUACAACUGAUUAUAAUUGGAGAGAAUCAAGUGUUGAAGAGUAUUCUAAUGUUAGUUCCGAGUAUGAUUACUCCCUCAUCACUAUAUAUUUGGAUACCAACGUUCUAUUCACAACCGAAAGGAAUGAACUCUAUGGUCCCACAGAUUUUCUUAGUAAUUUUGGAGGAUUGCUCGGACUUUUCACGGGAUUCUCAAUACUUUCCUUUAUGGAAAUCAUAUAUUUCUGUUCCUUGAGAAUUGUCGGAAACCAAAGAAUUGUAGGCAGAUGGUAUGGAGAUAAAGAAGAGUGAAACUGAAUUUGUAUGAUCGUCUUCUAGUGUAGACGAAAUGAAAUAAAUUAUGCAA